AUGGACUCUAUUUUGAAAAAUAAUUUAGCUGGGCUUAUUGGCCAUACAAUAUCACAGUUUAUCGUAUAUUCGUACCAGAAACUUGAAGAAUCCUCAUCGUUAGAACAAGAUGUGAAUCAUGAUAAAUAUUCGGAAAGUAAUUCACAAGGUUUAGAGAUUGAUGGAGGAGAAACGGAAUCUAAUGCGGAAAUCCAAUCUAGACUAACAGCCUCUGAUGACUACACAACUAACACCGACGAGAGUAGAAUAGAACAAGAAGAUAACGAGGGUCAAUUAUACAUUGAAUUUGAAAAACCUGAACAUUUUGAACUCCCAAAAACAUACAAUAAGGUGAAUGGGACCAAUAGCAAGGAUGAGUUCGAGUAUAAAUAUUACGACGAAUACACAAGGCUUCAAAACAUGAAUGUUAAAAACGAUGUAGGAUAUACGAGAUUUAUCUCAAAAGUGAGGCUUGACGAAGCGAGAAGUGUAAUAUACGGAACGUGGGACCCAGAGCAAAGCGAAUCGAUCUGGAAGGAAAUCAACGGAGAAGAAAAGGAAACGGAUAUAAUAUUUUAUGACUCGCAAAUAGUCAGAGAGGAGGACCUACUGAGAGCACGAAAGAAGCCUGAGGUAAUAUUGUCGACAAACCACAUUGUAGAUUACAUAUCGUACGUGAGCGUAUGCGCAUCGGAAUCGCCAAUCAUGAAGUUCUCACACAAUAAAAAGUACGUGAUUCUCUUUGGAGGAGCACAAGUAAACGAAAGUCAACUUAACGAUACACACCAAAAUUUAUUUUCAAUCAUAAACGGAAAUACAAACUUUGAAUUUUCAAACAACUUAUAUUUCUCUGAAGCACAAUCAUUUAUAUCGAACUGGGAGUUGCUGGACACAGUAAACGCGCCAGAGCCGAGAGCAUUCCACGCCUCAUGUGUAAUAUAUGCAAAACUUGAAACGCCAAUACUGGCAAUAUCAGGAGGUUUUACAUACAACAGAGAACUCGUGCCUAACGAUCUGUAUAUUUUAAAUCUGACUUCGAACCCACUGGUGUGGGACGUGUUUAAAACACUAGGGCCAGUCCCACCAAGUCGAUACGGACACUCGAUAUCAUACGUAGGAAGUUACAUGGUUAUGUUCGGAGGAACUGAUGGAAUUAACUUUUUCAACGACGUCUGGACAAUUAACAUCAACUACGGAAUGUACGAUGGCCCGCGAAAUAAAUCAUGUAAUCAAUGGACAGUGGUAGAUUUCACAGGAAUGGUACCAGCACCGAGAGCAUUUCACUCAUGCUGUAAAGCGGGAAUAUCAUCAAAUUCACCAAUGGUCAUCUACGGUGGAUUGACACAAUCGGAACCAGUGCGUAACAGGAUGUACGCAUUACAUUACAUAUAUGAGAAACUGAUAUGGGUAAGACUAUGUAUGGAAUCAAAAAUACGUGUAGAGCAUACAAUGACGUUCAUUGAUAAUAUGUUUAUAAUCACGGGCGGAGACGGAUACACAAACGAAAACGUUAAUAGCAUUAAGUCAAUGGCAUAUUCAAUGGACGGAAAAGUGUUUCAGUACAUAGAUGACUCAAUAGAACUGUCAGGUCACGCAUCAUGGUCUUCGCACGGAAUAAUUUAUCACUGGGGAGGUGUUAAGAAUCAAAACGGAAAACUAACGUUCGACGACGCAAUCACAAUAUCGAACCCACUAGCCUACAGCGAUGAUAGGAACAUUGAGGAGAUAUACUAUAAGUAUAUACGAUACGCGUCAAUCAAUAACAUGUACACUGAAGUUAGAGAUGAACCUGAGCAAGUCAAAGUAGAGGAUCCAGUAAAAGUUGAAAUUGAUUUGGACUUUAAUGACAGCGAUAUCAGACUGUUUGAUAGCGGUGUUACAGAGGAAACGCAUAGUGAAAAGAGUUUGACGGGCACAAGCACGCCAAUACACACGCAUCACCAUGAAAGGAUUGAAAAACCACAUACUGAAACACCAUCAGGAAUUUCUGAAACUAAUACAGAGGGUUUGUCGACGUGUAAAACAUAUCAUUUACAGGAGAUGGAUCAACUAAAGCUGACACUGGUGCUGGCCACCCUCAGGAAAGUAAGCCGAUUGUUUCAGCGUACCAAGCCCGUCCGAGGAGAUCAGCAGCAAUUAAGGAGCAGGAGAGACUUAAGGAAAACACUGAAAACUAAUACAUGUCCAGUCGAACAUUGUAAUGAUUGUAAUUCUAAUUUUAACAAAUAA